UUAAAAGGGAGUUCAAUCAAACUGCAGCAGUAUUGCUCUCUCCGUUGUAGUGAGUGGACAUCACUGCUCCAACGCAUGAGUGGGCAAAUCGUCACAGUGUAACUAAUCCUACUUGAUAGUGAUAAUCCCUUCACUCUCUCUCUGUGACUCCACAACACGCUGACAUUAUAGGAUACUGUCAAUAACACACUAACUGCAGCAGCAACAGCAGGAGCAAUCUCAGCUGUGGGCAGUGACUGUCCUGGUCGUCUGUGUGUCUUCUACGUUCAUCUGCCACACCAUCAGCAUGCGUGCCCUGGUGCUGCUGGCGGCGGCCACCGCCUGUAUGGCGAUGCCCGGACCCCAGACCUUCCCGCUGAGCCUCCCCGCUUCGAGGGCGACACACCAGACUACGCUCGGGGACAAGAUUCAUGAGCUUGGCCUGGAUGUGUCGGUGGAGCUGCAGAAACCCGGCAAUGUGGUUAUAUCGCCCCUCAGUAUUAGCGCCCUCCUCUCUAUCCUCAUGAUGGGAUCUGCGGGCCGCACUCGCCAGGAGCUUCUCCGUGGUCUCCACUUCGAUGACGCUCACUCCGAGAAUAAUGUCCAUCUCAGUUUUCAAAGGCUGAUGGAAGACAUCUCUAGUGACGGACCCGAUGUUACUCUCAAAGUAGCCAACGGUCUCUUCCUGCAGAGAGGUGCGGGUGUCAUGUACAAUUUCACCCAAAAGGCUCGCGCCCAUUACAACAGUGAAGUCAGCACGCUUGACUUCUUCAACUCCUCUCUUAAGUCCACGGAAACCAUCAACAACUGGGUGAAGGAAUCCACAAAUGGUAUGAUCCCAAAUCUCCUCACGCAGUCCCUUGAUCCCCUCACCACCUUUGUUGCUGUAAACACUGUCUUCUUCAACGGCAAGUGGCUCACGUCCUUCGACCCGAAGAUGACCAGAGAGAUGGAGUUCGAUACUGGGACAGGAAAAAUUCAAGUGCCCAUAAUGAGUGGGACGUUCACCGUGAACUACAUCGACAUCCCUGAACUGGAGGCCCACAUGGCUGCCUUCCCUUACAAAGGCAACCGGCAAGCCAUGUACGUCAUUCUGCCAACAGGUCAACCUACAGCCAAUCUCGAGCCACUGGAGCGAGAGCUGUCUGCUGAGAAAAUCAACUCCCUCAUUGACAAGAUGACACCACUGGAGAUGAGGGUAGGAUUGCCUAAAAUGCGCCUUUCCUUUAAGUCAAGCCUGCGAAAAACACUCAAGAAUCUGGAUAUGGGAUCCAUGUUCAAUCCCGCUGCAGCGAACUUCUCCCGUCUGAUAGCGCAACCUGUAAGGGUGGAUGAUGUAUUGCACGAGACCGUCAUCGAAGUCUCCGAGGAGGGCACUAAGGCUGCUGCUGCUACUGGAGCAAUAACAGUUCGCAGUGGUUUCUUUCAUUAUUUUUAUGUGAAUCGGCCAGCAAUAAUCUUCAUCAGGGACGAGGUGUCUGGCGUGCCGCUCUUCUGGGGCAAACUAGUGCGGCCUGAGCCCCUCAGGACGUAGUGUCCACAGUACUGCCAUGACAACAUGCUGCUUUGUACCUUAUCGUUUCCAGUAAGAUGUGUGAAGAGCACACACCGACGCUUUCUGUGUGGAACCCAUACACGAGGCGAAUGUGUGGCCCUACAGGUGAUUGUGCGUCCUUGUUUGUCAUUCUGUAUCCAUGUUUGUGCUUCUUUGUCUGCGUGUAUUUCAGUACUUUUGUCACUACCUAUCUAUAUUGACCAUGUGUGAAUGGCGAUCUUAUUACAUGUACAUUUAUAUUGGCCAGUCUGUGUGUUGAAUGUACGUGUCUUAAAGUUUUUGUUAUUUGUAAUGAAACAGAAUAUUUAUUAAAAACAUGAAAGAAA